UCUACCUAUUAGAAAAAUUCCGGACGUACAAAAUGUUACCGCGGUUGCAAAUUAUUAGGUUUUUAAUAAUUUUUACCGUUUUUAUUUUUAGAAAAUGUGAGGGGCAAACCACGCAAAAUAUAAAUGUUUUGUUUGUCAAUGAAGAGGGAAAUGAAGUAGCUGAGAAAGCCUUGGACGUAGCACUCACUUACCUCAAGAAGAAUAGCAAGCUAGGAAUAAGCGUCGAUUUGAGAAGGGUCGUGGGAAAUAGAACGGAUUCUAAUUCGUUCCUAGAUUCACUAUGCAGUUCUUACAACCAAAUGAUUCAAAAUCAAAUAUAUCCCCAUUUGGUACUGGACACCACCAUGACUGGACUUGGUUCGGAAACUGUCAAAAGUUUUACAGCCGCCUUGGCUCUGCCCACGAUCAGCGCAUCUUUCGGUCAAGAAGGGGAUUUGAGACAGUGGCGGAACAUCGACGAUAACGAGAAGGAGUAUUUGGUGCAAAUAUGCCCUCCCGCUGACAUCAUACCGGAAAUCGUGAGGUCCAUCGUUCUGAAUCAGAAUAUCACCAACGCUGCUAUUUUAUUUGACAGUUCUUUCGUAAUGGAUCACAAAUACAAAUCUCUCCUUCAAAAUGUGGCCACCAGACAUUUGAUUACUCCCAUAAAAGAUGGUAACGAGGUCGCCGAUCAACUUAGUCAACUUUAUAAGUUGGAUUUGUACAACUAUUUUAUUUUGGCCAGUAUAGGUAACAUUAAGAGGGUCUUGGAUGCAGCAGACGCACUUAGUUACUUCAAUAGGAAAUUUGCUUGGCAUGCUAUCACACAAGAUGAAGGCGAAUUGAAGUGUAUUUGUAAGAAUGCAACAAUUAUGUAUAUUAAACCCUUACCUAAUGCCACUUACCAGGAUCGUUUAGGAACGAUGCAAAGAACAUAUCAGCUGAAUACGGAACCUAUGAUAGCAUCGGCAUUUUACUUUGAUCUAGUUUUGCAUUCUUUCAUCGCUAUAAAGGAACUAAUCGCAGAUGGAGUAUGGAAAAGUGCCGUUACAGAGUAUAUUACUUGUGAUGAUUAUAAUGGAAACAAUGCUCCAAAAAGAAUUGGACUAAACCUCAGAAAAUAUUUUAACAAGGAAAGCUCAGAAAUGUUCACGUACGGUCCAAUUUCUGUGUCGUCGAACGGUCUCAGCUUCAUGGACUUCCAGAUGACCCUGAGUUCGAUUGGUGUGCGAGAAGGAGCUUCUGACAAAUCAAUGACCUUGGGAACGUGGACGUCGGGCUUUGACAGAAAUUUGUCUUUGGUAGAUCCCACAGUUAUGGGCAAUCUGACAGCGGAUGUGGUUUAUAGAGUUGUGGUUGUCGAGCAAAAGCCGUUCAUCUUCAGAGACGAAAACGCUCCCAAAGGUUUCAACGGUUACUGCAUCGACCUCAUCAACAAGAUAGCGGAUUUUUUGAAAUUCGACUACGAACUGGUUGCCGUGGAUCAUUUCGGCACCAUGGACGAGAACGGUAAAUGGAACGGUAUGGUAAAAGAGUUAAUUGACAAGCGUGCAGAUGUAGCGCUCGGUUCAAUGUCUGUCAUGGCGGAGAGGGAAAACGUUAUUGAUUUUACAGUGCCUUAUUACGACUUGGUCGGGAUUACCAUUUUAAUGAAGCUGCCCGAAACUCCGACAAGUUUGUUCAAGUUUUUGACCGUUUUGGAAAACGACGUCUGGUUGUGUAUAUUGGCGGCUUAUUUUUUCACGAGCUUCUUAAUGUGGGUAUUCGACCGCUGGUCACCGUACAGCUACCAAAACAACAGAGAAAAAUACAAAGACGACGAAGAAAAACGCGAGUUCAACCUCAAAGAAUGCCUGUGGUUCUGCAUGACCUCUUUAACUCCGCAAGGAGGAGGCGAAGCACCUAAAAACCUGUCGGGUAGAUUGGUAGCCGCCACGUGGUGGUUGUUCGGGUUCAUUAUUAUCGCUUCGUAUACAGCGAAUUUGGCCGCUUUUCUCACCGUCUCAAGGCUGGACACUCCCAUUGAAUCCCUAGAUGAUCUAUCCAAGCAGUACAAGAUUCAGUACGCUCCGCUCAACGGAUCAGCCGUGCAGACGUAUUUCGAAAGAAUGGCCAAUAUCGAAGCUAGAUUUUAUGAAAUUUGGAAGGACAUGAGCCUCAACGACAGCCUCUCAGAACUGGAACGUUCGAAGCUUGCCGUAUGGGACUACCCGGUUAGCGAUAAGUACACAAAAAUGUGGCAAGCCAUGAAGGAAGCCACCUUACCAAACACUCUAAAUGAAGCCGUUGAGAGGGUCAGAUCUUCCAAGUCGUCGAGCGAAGGUUUUGCUUAUUUAGGCGAUGCCACUGACGUCAAGUAUUUGGAAAUCACCAAUUGCGAUCUGACUUCCGUCGGAGAAGAGUUUUCUAGGAAACCGUACGCGAUAGGCGUUCAGCAAGGAUCGCCGUUGAAGGACCAGUUUAAUACUGCGAUUCUACAACUUCUCAACAGGCGUGAAUUGGAACGGUUGAAAGAAAAAUGGUGGAACAAGAAUCCGGAGAAGAAAAAUUGCGAACAAGUCGAUGACCAAUCUGACGGUAUCAGUAUUCAGAAUAUCGGUGGAGUAUUCAUCGUUAUUUUCGUCGGUAUUGGUUUGGCUUGUAUUACAUUGGCGUUUGAAUAUUGGUGGUACAAAUACAGGAAGGGAAGCAAAGUAUUGGACGUUCAAGAAGCGCCACCGCAGAAGAAGCAGAUAAGCAAUUUUUCAGAUAACUUGCCGUUUACAAAAACAAAAAUUUUGGAUAAACCUUCUGUUAAACCUAAGACACUGUUCCCUAGAUCAAGAUUUUAAUUUGUUCAGUUUUAAAGGUGCUGUUCUGAAAAGAUCACCACUUGAACUCACUCAACUGUUGUUAGAAGUGUUUUCAAUAAAAUUAUCCAGAGUUAACUGGAUGGUAUCGAUGGUAUCGAUUUUGUGAUGAAAAUCCUAUGGAUGCGUAUUGAAUCUUUCAACAUAACCUCACUAUUGUUAGCUGUCUAAAUAACUUUAUUAUUCUAAUGUUUAAACUUUUUUCCUGCAAUGUGUUGAUUUUCACAA